AUGUUCUUCCAACGGAAAUUGGGGGCCAUGGCCGCCCUCAGCCUGCUGGCUCGGGCUGCUCCAGCGCCGCACACCCGUCGAGAUGUCUCCACGGCCGUGCUGGACAAGAUGGACCUCUUCGCCCAGUACAGUGCCGCUGCCUACUGCUCCUCCAACAUCGACUCGGAGAGCACCACCCUGACCUGCUCGGUGGGCAACUGCCCUCUGGUCGAGGCCGCCGAUGCCACCGUCCUGUACGAGUUCAACGAAACCACCGACUGGGGUGAUGCCACCGGCUACAUCGCCGUGGACCCCACCAACGAGGCCAUCGUCCUGGCCUUCCGGGGCAGUUCCGACCUGGCCAACUGGAUCGCCAACAUCGACGCCGACCUGGUCGACGCCAGCGACCUCUGCACGGGCUGCGAGGUCCACAGCGGCUGGUGGAAGACCUGGGAGACCGUCGCCAGCACGAUCACCUCCUACGUCGAGUCCGCCGUCUCCAGCUAUCCGGACUACGAGAUCGUGUUCACCGGCCACAGUCUGGGUGCUGCCCUGGCUGCCAUCUCCGCCACCGUGCUGCGUGAUGCCGGAUACACCAUUGAUCUGUACGACUUCGGCCAACCCCGCAUCGGCAACCUCGCGCUGGCCGACUACAUCACCAGCCAAGACAGCGGAUCCAACUACCGCAUCACCCACACCGACGACAUCGUCCCCAAGCUGCCCCCGGAGCUGCUGGGCUACCACCACUUCAGCCCGGAGUACUGGAUCACCAGCGGCAAUGACGUGACCGUCGCCGACGACGACAUCACCGAGGUGGUGGGCGUGGAUUCCACCGCCGGAAACGACGGCACGCUUUUGGAUAGUGUCUCGGCCCAUCGGUGGUACUUUAUCUAUAUUAGCGAGUGCUCGUGAGGGGGUCGAUUGUUUG